AUGGUUUUAACAGAAUCUCGAACUGAUUACCAGAGUCGCAAGAUCCUCCUGACAGAGGAGGUCAUUCCUGUGUCAUCGCCAAAACUUGCGGAAACGUUUUACACCAAUGAACGUUCAGAACAAGACUGCCUUCAUGCCAGGUGUCGUCGUUGCAAGUCUGGGAGGAUUAGCUGUUCCAGAGAGGGUGACUUGAUGGAAGGCGCUGUUAUCAUGUGGCUGCCUGAGCAUUUGCGUGUCUCGGAGAAGAGCUAUGUAUGGCAACAUUAUUACAAGAGGAAGGAGCUUCUGCAAUGGGAAACAGAUGAAAAUUUCUGCAAAGUGGUCUUACACAGCGAUCAAGGGAAAAUAAUCCUGGAUUUAAUCGACAUGUCCGUCCUCGACUUCCUGAUACAGAACGCCGACAGACACCAUUACCUACAGGAUACUAGGGAUCCCAAUGCGUCCAUAAUACUGGUCGACCAAGGCAAAAGUUUUGGGAAUCCAUAUGUUGAUUAUAUGGAUAUCUUGGCUUCGCUGUUACAAUGCUGCAGGAUCCGGGCGGCGACGCGCGCGCGGUGGUCCUGCUGA